GUCAUCUCGUGUGAUCUCUCCCCGAAAACACCAUCGACGACGAAUCUGCUGCAUCCGAGUUCUGCCUCCAGUGACCCUGCCCAUUGAGGCUACCCCAACCUCGCCAGCGACUUGACCGAAUCCGCGCUACCUUAUCCAGCUUCAAACCAACAAUUGGAAGGCGGCCUGUUGAGGCCGCCUGCCUUUGCCGAAAUGGCCUUGCAAGGAAUGCUGAACAAGCUCCAUGGCCAACCCGACAGUUAUGACCGCAAGAGCAAGUACCGCAUGGGACGCACCCUCGGCGCCGGCACCUAUGGUAUCGUCAAGGAGGCCGAUGGGCCCUCGGGCAAGGUCGCAGUAAAGAUCAUCCUCAAAAAGAACGUCAAGGGCAACGAUCAGAUGGUCUACGAUGAGCUGGAAAUGUUGCAGACCCUCAAACACCCACACAUUGUCAAAUUCGUCGACUGGUUCGAAUCUCGGGACAAGUACUACAUCAUCACUCAGCUGGCCACGGGCGGUGAGCUGUUCGACCGUAUCUGCGAGAUGGGCAAGUUCACCGAGAAGAACGCCUCGCAGACCAUCCGUCAAGUCCUCGAAGCCGUCGACUACCUCCACUCCAAAGACGUUGUCCAUCGCGAUCUCAAACCCGAGAACCUCCUCUACCUCACCCGCGAAGCCAACUCGGACCUCGUGCUCGCCGACUUUGGCAUUGCCAAGCACCUCGACUCUCCUGAAGGCGUACUCAAAACCAUGGCCGGCUCAUUCGGCUACGCCGCGCCCGAAGUCAUGCUCAAAAAGGGCCAUAGUAAGCCCGUCGACAUGUGGUCUCUCGGCGUCAUCACCUACACCCUCCUAUGCGGCUACUCCCCCUUCCGCUCCGAGUCGCUCACCGACCUGAUCGACGAAACCCGUAACGGCCGCGUCGUCUUCCACGAACGCUACUGGAAAGACGUCUCAAAAGAGGCCAAAGCCUUCAUCCUCUCCCUCCUCAAAGCCGACCCGCACGGCCGCGCGACCUCCUCGCAGGCUUUGCAGGACCCCUGGAUCGCCGGCAAGGGCGCCACGGACCACAACUUGCUGCCCGAGAUCAAGGCGUACAUUGCACGCGCGCGUCUGAAGCGCGGUGUCGAAUUGGUCAAGUUGGCCAAUCGUAUCGAGAAUUUGAAGAUGCAGGAGGACGAUGAGGAGGAUGCCGCUCAGGAGGCGGACAUUCCUGCCGACUCGUUGCGUGCUGCGGAUGAUGCGUCGAGGCAUAGUCAUGGUGCGUCGGCCGAGGCGACGGGAACGCCGCAGGAGGAGACGGAUCCGAGUAAGAAGCGGAGUCUUAGCAAGUUGGCGAAGAGUGCGAUUUUCCGAGAGGUCGUCCUCGCCAAAGUUCGCGAAUUGAAGGCGGAAGAAGAAGCGCAGAAGACGAUUUCCGAAGCGGCAGGCAAAGGCACGAAGUGAACGGAGAAAUGAGAUGAGGGAUGAUAAGACUGAGAUGAUUGCGAUUCGACGUGACGACAGCUCCGAGUCCGCAUCAGCGAGCGGACGGAGGAGAGUCAGAAGAGCAGGAGCGAGAAGUAGAGUUCGAGCGGACAAAAUACUACCUACGAGUAAAUUAUCUGUCCAUAGCCCAUGUUGGGC